AUGGAUAAUGCCAAUCAAAAGAAACUUGAUAAACUUGCUCGAGUUCGAGAAAACCAACGCAAGAGCCGUGCUAGGAAACAGGAGCACACCCGCGGCUUGGAACAAAAGCUGGUGGCUCUCCAAGAACAAGCCCACCAAAAAGAUGUUGAACAUAGAUUGGCUAUUCAGAAGCUGGAAGCUGAAAACAGGGGCUUAAGACUGCUUUUGUCUCGCUUGGGGCUACCUGCUGAAACCAUUGCAGAAUAUGUCCAGGCAGUUGAGGACCCAAACAUGGCUCAGAAGGUUGCCAUUCCAGCUCUAAGACGGUCACUGGCCGUGCAUAAUCAACAGAAGAAUUGCCGGAGUCCGCCUUCAUUACCUAGGUGCCAAGCGGAUUCCGAGGUUCCCCACACAGAGGAUUUAGGAGGCCUAUCGAAGACAGACAUUUUCCAGAAUGCUACAAGGCUCGCUCAAAAAACCGAGCCUCAGGGGACUUUGGAUCAGCAAAUAUCCAAUCAACGUCAGUCUAUAUGUGGUUGUCUUCCUGAUACAGCAGCAGGAUCAAGCGCCACUAGUUAUGAUGUUCUCAAUACGACCCUCUGCGCGAUUGCAGAAGAGCUGAUCAAGCAACAUAACAGACGUGGCUUGGAUAUGGCAGAGAUUCAGAAAAAGCUCUGGGCAGGUUUCUGUAAUGGCCUUACAACUGACGAAGGAUGCAGAGUACAAAACCAAAUUUUAUUUCAGGUCCUAGACGAGAUCAGCGGUGACUAG